CUGGCAAUUCAGUUGACUUUCUGUGGCACUCGUGUAUUGACCGACUUAUCAUCUACGUGGUGCGGGAGCCGAUAAGCCGCCACGAUGCAGCUUUUGGCAUGAAUUAUCCAGCAAUUGCUUGAGUUUCUCUUCCUCUCUCUUUGUACUCUGGCAAAAUGUUUAAAGAGUGGCGGAAACCGAAUUACAAACGCUGGCAGCAUCAUCAGCAGCAGCAGAAAAAACAAACGCUACGGCAGCUACAGCGCCGAAUGCUUGACAGAGAGACGAUGAUUGUGUUUGUCUAUGACACAGAGUGUCUGAAGGACGAGGCAGAUGAUCCGAUUGCCGCGGUGCUCUACUUCCAUCCCAGCUGGGUAUCGGACACACAGAAAGUAGCCCUAUGUGGCCAGCUAAUGGGCACCUCGUACUUCCUCAAAGAUUGCUUCUUUAAGCCUCGGAUUCUGGCCUUGCAGAACGGCAAGUUCGUGCUCAAGGAGUUCGGCCGCUUUACCUUGGCCGUGGGCACUGAUCGCAAUAUUGGAGACGAAUUGCUGGAGCAUCGGGCGAAUCUGUUGAGCUCACUUUUGAAGUUCUUCCAUCGGGACUUGCAGUCGCUGCACGAUCAGUAUGCACAGCCCGCACAGCAGCACAACCGGAAUCUCAACGAGAAGCUGUAUCACAUAUUUGAGACAUAUCUACCCAUGCUUCAACGCAAUGGCAACACAUUCCAGAAUGUGCCAAAGUUGCGUAUGCCCAAGACCGCCAGCCAUAUCUACCUGGAGGCCAUACAGACUCUGCAAAGCUGUCAGCAAACAAAGGGAAUUCUUGGCGGUGCUAUUCUCUACCACAACAAAGUGGUUGCCUCCCAGCUCGGAGAUGUGGUGACGAAACAAUUGGUGCUUACCGAUCCCCGUCAUGUGCGCACAACGGCCGAGCAGCUGAACAUGCAACAGUUUCACAUACCGCACGGCGUGCAAAUGCUGGUCGUCUAUGUGGAGCAGGAGCAGUAUCGCAAGCUGGUCACGGAGGCACAGCGUGCGCAGAAUCUGCAGACGACAACCACGCAGCUGGGCCAAGGGUCACUUCCAUUCCAAUAUGCGAAGCGUAAGCUGAAGCGCGACAAGUCGCUCAUCUUCACCCAUAUACCUGAGGAGGAGCAGGCGACGUCGACAUCGGAAACGGUGGAGCUGCCCACGGCUAGGCCGAAGUCAAUGAGGCCAACCCACUUGCCGUUGCGCUUGAAGAGCUUGCAUAGCAAGGAGCUGCCCGAGUCUGGCAUUGCUUCCAUCAAUUUCGAUGAAACGGACUCCUAUCCCGAGUUCAUUGGCCGCACUAGCGUCUGCAAUACGCCAAUGACGGAGAACAAGGUGCUGCCGGUUGCUAAUGUUAUGUCUAUAUGCGCCAAUCCUGAAGACGAGGAUGCUGAUGCACAUAACUCAAAUGGCAAGGUGGCAACAGGAACGGCCUCGUCGUCGCGUCGUAACUCGCUCAAGCAAGAUGUGGAGAAGUUCUUUCAGAACUUCAUCAGCAAUCCGCACAAGCAGCUGACGCGUCGCAAAUCCUCAGCCGAUUUGCAGGAUGCUCUGCGUGCCAUUUCCAAGAAAUUGGGUCACAUCACACACGGCUUCAAGACGGAUGAGAAUCGCAAUGGCAAUGGUCACGCCGAUGGCAGCUCCGAUGCAUCUCCCGACUUCAUAGAGAAUGAUGAGCGCAGCAGCUCACGUACGAUUAGCGAUCCCACCUAUCCGGUUUUCAAUGCCAACGGCCAGCAGAUAUCACGUAGCCUGUUCCAACAGUUUCUUGAGCAGUAUCGCAAGCUGUGGGGCGUGGCCAGCGAACAGGCCGCACAGGACGCCGAGUUGGCGGCGCUCGUUGCCGAAUUUCAGGAGUUCAACAUGGAAAUACAGAAGCUGGAUGAGCACAUGAGACAGCAGGCUGCCGAGGCAUCGGCCUCGGAGGCCACUGAAGCAGCCGAUCGUAAUCUCAACAUAACUGCAAAGACGCCGUCAGAUAAACGGGCCAUGUGUCUGCCCCUGAAGUCAGCGGGUGAGUGCGGCAAUAUGGAGACGAUUGUCGCCCAGCGUCGUAAUGGAGGCGCUGGCGUCCCCCUGACACCGCUCAUGGCUAAGCUCUCUGUGCUGGCGCUCAACGAGACCACGCCCAUCGAGAUACAGACGCCGCUGACGAGCAGUAAAGGAUUUCCGCGUCGCAGCUCGCUCAAGUGCGAAGAUGCCGUCGAUGCUCUCGCCGCAUUCUCCAAUGCGCAGCCAGCUGUAGCAACAUCCUCGACGGAUGGUCUGCAGCGCACGGAACUCUACGUGUGCGGGCAGCAAAAUAUGACUUUGCUGCUGCUAAUGGAAGAGGGCUCCUGCUUUCAGCAGAACAUUGUACAGAAGAUGUUUGACAUUUGCGUAGCGAAAUUUCCGCACAUGGAAUCUCAGUUGAAUCAAACGCUCAACGUCAAUGUGGAGGGCGAUAAGCGGGAUUGUGGCAACUACAGCUUCAUGUGCAUCGAUGCCAAGUGGGAUGCACUGCAACGCAAUGGGCCGUGGAAUCCGCUGGAGCUAAAUACGCUGGAGAGCAUGCACUGCGAUCUGAAGCAACGGAGCGAACAGCUCACCGAUUUAAUACUUCGCUCCCAUGACUCGGUCUUUUAUGGCUACAGGUGCGGACGCACCGAGUUCUUCUACAAGGAGCCCACACAUCAGAUCAAUGGCAUACCACCGCCCUCGGAUCCCAUUGGCAACAUUCAAAUGCGCGCCAAAUCGCGUCUGGAACGUGAUCAUUCCUACAUGCUCUUGUAGAUUUCGGAUUAACCAUAUGCAUAAACAAAACAAACAACAAAAUACAAAUUA